UCACUUUGUACGGGAGGUGCAGCCGUACGUUGUGGAGCAAUUGGAGCGUCAUAUGCUUUUCAAGAGUCCGGCUAACAAACCUCUACCGGAGGAUAAAAUUAACUCUGUUGUAGAGCGACUGUUUUCUCAUGGUGUUGUGGUACAGCCGGAUGAAGUCAAGAGGAGGCGAUCGCAGAGCACAUCACCCCCUUUUAAACCAAGAGUGAGUGUGAACUCGGAAAGAAUCGUCGCGAAGCAACGCCAGGGUGGACAGGUUGUAGAAGACGUGGUGGAGCGGCUUCUUAAGCCACCAGUGUACUCUAACCGAACUGGAAAUUUGCGUCGGCAACUUGAGGCAACACAGGAGAAUGAGGAGUUGAAGCUGAUGCGGUCGGAAUACGUCCGAGGACUGCAGGAGUUGUUACAACGUGAGCGUCGACGAUCGUUUAUCGAGGCGAAAUUUAAUGUGCUUUCGAGUGCCAUAAAUAAGGAACGCCAGAGCCAUGAGGGCUCGCAACGGACUCUCACCGAACACCGUGCAGAGGAACUUGUGAGGGCGGCUGUGAUUAUUUUGUCACCCGAUGAGGCGGAAGAGUUGCGCAACAUUAUAUUAUCCAGCGGCGCAAGCAAACUGAACAAAGAGGGAUUUAUUGCUCUCUGUGAGAAGGCCGUGGAGGGGCUCUCCAAUCCACAUGCAAGUCCACUGGGUCGAGUGCCUCCCCCACGGAUUCACGCGAUGGAGGCCAAUCUCACGGAUGAUGACAACGGCAGCUAUGCAGGGGCACGAAAGAAGUUUCAACGUGGAGCUCUUUCACCGGAGGAACUUGAAGAAGUGAGGGCCCGACGAGUGGAACGGAAGCGGCAAUUGGCGGAGGAGGAGAAUCAGAAACGUCAGGCAAUGAUAGAGGAAGAAAUGCGUCAAUGCACAUUCCGUCCGCCUCCCCCUAGGAAGGUGCCACGAGAGUGUCAUGUGAACCACAAAGUGGAUGUGAAAACGACUAAGGCAGACGAACUCCGUCGAGCUCACAUUCAAAAAACCCUCGAAGGGGAAGAACAUGCUGGAGGAGCCGCCGCCGCCCUGCCGACUGCUUCUGCACGAGAACUCUUUGGUGAUGGCGGAAGCCACCCAAGGUUGCAUCGGUCACAAAGUGCAAACACUCGCUCUCCCCGAGCGAUGUCCACUCUUCAUACAAAACCAGCAUUUGUGGCGCCGGCAGAGGCAUCAUUUGAAGAUAGGACGUUCUCGCCGAAGCGUAAUAGAUAUGAAAAACCACGUCGAAGCCAUACCGCCCAUAGCGAUGCUUUUUUGAGGAAAAAAGAUUUUGCUGGCGUGCCUCUCAAAGAUCGUUCAUCUCGCAGGUCCGCCGCAGUCUCAUCCGAUCGAAGCUCUGAAGACGCCGCUGCUGCCGACAUCACAUCGCGAGGGAUGAAGAAAUGCGAGUCCGUUGCAGAGGCGACCACCGUAUCUCCACGUUUGUAUCGGGAUGUCAUUUCUGAGCAUGCGGCUUUUGGCCGCGACGGAGCCCUCACCGAGUUUGGUCGAGAACUUAUUUUAAGGCAACUCCGGGAGUAUAGAAAUAAGCGAUAG